UUCGAAAGACUAUCUUACCAAAGCGUCCACUAGAUUCGCGUACAUGUUAGGUGGACUCUGAUCACCAUAACACUAUGUUGAGACGAUUCUUUUUCGGCAGUAACGUCAGGCGACAACUAAGUACCAGAAUGGCAUCAACUGCAACUCAGAAAUUAUCUGGAAAAGUCGCUAUUGUAACAGCAUCGACGGACGGGAUCGGCUACGCCAUUGCUGAAAGACUUGGACAAGAUGGAGCCAAAGUGAUGGUCAGCAGCCGCAAACAGAAAAACGUGGAUGCAGCAAUUGAGAAAUUACGGGCCAAAAACCUCGACGUGUAUGGUACUGUAUGCCAUGUUGGAAAAAAAGAAGAUCGAGCAAGUCUUAUACAACAGACCCUGGACCAGUACGGUGGUAUUGAUAUAGUGGUAUCCAACGCUGCAGUAAACCCAUUCUUUGGUCAAAUGUUAGAUUGCUCAGAAGACCAGUGGGAUAAGAUAUUUGAUUUGAAUGUGAAGUCAACCUUUAUGUUGAUCAAGGAGACGGCCCCACAUCUACAGAACAGAGGGGGAGGGUCCAUUGUAGUGGUGUCCUCCAUUGCUGCCUUCAACCCAAUCUCGAUGCUGGGACCCUACUCCGUCAGUAAGACGGCCCUUCUGGGACUGAUCAAGGCCCUGGUUCCCCAACUGGCCGCCAUGAACAUCCGUAUCAAUGGACUCGCACCAGGGAUCAUAGACACUAGCUUCAGCCAAGCAUUGACCAGUAACAAAGAAAUUGCCAAGCCUAUUUUAUCAAUGGUUCCUUUGAACAGGUUUGGACAGCCUCCGGAGUGUGCUGGUAUUGUGUCGUUUCUUUCCUCGGAAGAUGCUUCUUACAUAACUGGAGAAACAGUGAUGGUUACUGGGGGAAUACCAGCUAGACUCUAAUAAUAGGACAAGAGUUCAAUUUUCAUCAUUAAUAUGCAUGCAUGAUGUAAUAUUAAUAUGCAAAGAAUGAUUGCUGAUUGAUUGUGAUAGCAUUGUAAAUUUUUGUUUGUUUAACAUAUGUUUUUUUUGUAUAAAUAUAUUUCAUACGCCA